AUGAACUCCCUCCGUGCCCUCCGACCAAUCUCCCGCAGCGUCUCGCCCUAUCGGUUCGCAAGAAUGGCCUCCAACACUACCUACACUCCCAAUGAGGAGACUGAGAUCCAGCAGUGGCUCACCACCGCUACCCGCCUGCAGCAAGCCGCCGGCGACCAAGCCCAGGUCUCCCCCAUCCUCGAUACCCUCAACUCCCACCUGAGCACCCGAACCACCCUUCUCGGCACCAAGCCCAGCAAGGCUGACACUGCUCUCUACUCCGCUGUCCGUCCCCUCGUCGCGAACUGGUCCCCCGAGCAGCGCACCGGCGAAAAGGGCUACCCCAACAUCGUCCGCCACCUCGACUUUGUCCAGAACUACCCCGCCUUCGCCGCCGAUGUCAAGCCCGAGGACAAGGUCAAGAUUGACCUCGAUGAGGUCCUCUACGUGAAGCCUCCCGUCGACGCCAAGGCCGAGAAGGAGCGCCUUAAGAAGGAGAAGGCUGCCGCUGCUGCCGCCGCUGGCGGUCAGGAGACUUCCCUCCCCGACCGUUCCAAGGACAAGAGCGCCGGUGAGAAGGUCAAGGAGGCUGUCACUGAAGCCAAGGACAAGGUCAAGGCUGCCGUCGGCGCCGGCGAGGGCAAGCCCAAGAAGGAGAAGAAGGCUAAGGAGCCUAAGCCCCAGAAGGCCCCCGCCGCUGCUGCUCCUCUCUCCCCUGCCCUUAUCGACCUCCGUGUCGGCCACAUCCUCAAGGCCAUCAAGCACCCCGAAGCCGACUCGCUGUACGUCUCCACCAUCGCCAUGGGCGACAAGCCCAACGAUGACACGACCGAGUACGAGGGUCAGGUUUGCCGCACCGUCUGCUCCGGCCUCAACGGUCUUGUUCCCCUCGAGGAGAUGCAGGGUCGCAAGGUUGUCGUCGUGUGCAACCUGAAGCCCGUCAAGAUGCGUGGCAUCAAGUCCUCUGCCAUGGUUCUGGCUGCUUCCCCCAAGAUCAAGGAGGGCGAGGUUGACGACCACAAGGGCCCCGUUGAGCUUGUUUCUCCCCCUGCCGACUCCAAGGCUGGCGACCGUGUCUUCUUCGAGGGCUGGAAGGGUGAGCCUGAGGGUAUUCUGAACCCCAAGAAGAAGAUUUGGGAGACUUUCCAGCCUGGUUUCACCACCACCGACGGUCUGGAGGUUGCCUUUGAUGCCAGCGCCGUCAAGGAGCUCGGCAAGGACGGUGUUGGCAAGCUUGUUACUGAGUCUGGCGGUGUUUGCACUGUUCCCAGCCUGAAGGGUGCCACUGUCCGGUAA